ACCUAAAUAAUCCACCAAACUAAUCAGACUUGGAUUUAAUUGGUAAACACCGAACUCAACACCGGCCGUUGAGGAGUUUUGUCAAAAAUCAUUGAUUGCGUUACAAUAUGCCCACAUGUAUGAAAACAACGUUCAUUCAGAUUUUAUAAUAAAGAAAACAAUAAACCAGCUGUUUAUACAGUAUUUUAGUAGCAUGGCGUGGCGUUUUCAAUAAUUUUAGUUAUUAUAAAUAAAAAAAAACACAGACUGAAGAUUCAGUUUAAAGCUUUAAUUUUUAUAAACAUGUACACCCAACUGCUAAUUAUUUUGGGUCUUAUUUGCGGUGGAAUGCUCCACCUCAGUGAAUCACAAAACACUACAUGUCCUAAUACCUGUAUAUUACAGGCUCGAUGCAAUCCAUACUCUAAAAAUUUAGUUUGGACAGUUCUCGACAAUGUUUGCCGGGUGUUUCAAAAUGGUUGUAUAUUUGGAAAUGAAAACUGUAUGAGAGCAAAUCAAUGCCUGCCACCCAUGAUUCGCACAACGAGAGAGCAUUGCAUGGCAUUCUGUCCAAGGAUGUGUUAUCGGAACUGGCCGCCAGUUUGUGGUUGGUUUCCCUAUACCAAUAGUAAUGGCACUACUGGAGAACAUUAUAGAACUUUCGGAACGCGCUGCUUUUUGAAUCUGUAUGCCUGCCAAAAUGCUGAGGCUUAUGUUAAUGAACCAAGGACUGGACCGUGCCCUUAACCAAAAGAUGAACCAUAAAUAUAGCUUAUUUGUGAAUU